AUGGCGGAUAGCGGCGACGCCGCGUCAGCGGCUGCAGCUGGUAAGCCAGGCGCGCCCAGCGAGAGCCUCGCGGCGGCGCCUGCGCUGUCUGGGCAGCCUGACCCCACAGGGGAAGUCGAGAUGACCGACGGCGUGCAGCCGGCGUCGUCCUCGGUGCCCUCGACCUCUCCGCCGCCUCCGGCUGCCGCCGCGACUGCUUCUGAGCAGACGCCGCCUGCGAAAGCAGCUGCUCAGGUCUCUGGCUCUGCGUCUGCGGAUAAGCAGGAGGCCGCUGCGAGGGUCCCGCAAGGAGAGACCGAUGCGGAGUCCUCCGAGGAGGAGAGCGACGCCGAGGACGCGGAGCAAGCGGCGCCGCGCGCGAAGAAGGAAGACAGCGCCAAGAUCCGCGCGCUGCAGGAGGCCCUGCAGAAGGACCUCGUCAUCGAUGGAGACACGGAGAUCGAUGACCUCCUCGUCGUGGCACACGUCGCGCAGAUUGAAAACCAGCUGCUGGAGGCCCAGCGACGGGCGGGAAGUCUGAAGCCGGAUGUCCUCGAGAGCCUCGAGUCUGCGUCGGCAGAGAACGCGCCGCGCGGCAGGCCGGCUCCGGGAGAAGAAGAAAAAAAAGUGGGCGGCGGCGAAAUGGAGGCCGAGGACGAAGACGAUGACGACGACGAGCCUGACGACCAGGAGUUCGAGGCUCUAAUGAAGUCUGAGCAACGCUUUCGGCAGCGUCUCUUGCCGCAUCCGGAUUCGCUGCCGGGAGUCACAGAAGGCCUUCUGAAGGCGCGCAACGCCUCAGCGUCUCGCAGCGCCUCGAGCCGCGCGUCCCCAGAGUCCGCCGCCGCAACCGAGGAGACGAAGCAGACGCCGGGCGCUGACUCCCCCGAGGGAUGCGGGCCUUCGGCUUCGAAAGAGGCCGCGCCCGCAGAAGGUAGUGGCGAGUCGUAUGCCGACAAACUGAAGGGUUUGCUGGCGCUCAUCGGGAAGGAAGUCGACCCUGACGAAGAGAUUGAAGAUGACGAAGACGACGACGGCGAGGAGAACCCGAAGCGGAAAGACGCAGACUGCCUUGCCUCCUGGUCGGGCAUUCAUCCGAUCGAAGUAGAGGGUUUGCCGGUCCAGGUCGCGCCCGAAUGCGCCGUAAAAGCGUGCGGCGUUGUGCACGCGGUCGUAGACGCCAUGGUGGUGAUAAAGGGCGACGAAAAUAGCAAUCCGCUCGAUCUGGGCUCCGUGGUGUGCUUGGAGGACAAGACGAUUCUGGGAGCAGUCGCCGACACCUUCGGGCCCGUGGCUGCGCCGUUUUACGUCGUUUACUUGGCGAGAAGCGCCUCUGAGGCUGAGCAGAAGGGGGCCCAGUCCCCCUCGUCGGCAUCGCCCAACUUGAGCGCGCGCCUCUCGACGGGUCUGCGGGUUUUCAGUGACGUCGCACACUCCUCGUUUUUGCUCGGCGAGCACGGGCAGGUCCCCGCGUACUUGAAAUCGACGCAUCGCUCUCGUCUGUUCUACGCAAGCGGCGACGAAGGCAGCGACGGCGAAGAGGACGAAGAGGACGACAGACUCUCCUGCGUCUCAGGCGUCUCUGGGCGCUCCUCGGGGUCGCAGCGGAGCGCGCGCGGCCAAGGCCGGGGCGCAGGCCCGGGCGCGCUGCGAAGAGAUGGCGACGGGCGGACGCCUGUGACGAGUUUGAAGGAGAAGUACGAAGAGGCAGGAAAGGAGAUCUCCCCCGAGGAAGAGGCUGCGCUGGAGAUGCAGAAACAGCAAAAGGAACAGCAGCAAAAACUCCGCAUGGAGGCCAUGCAGAAGCAGUUCUCGUUUAGCCGAGGCGACCCGGGGAAAAACACCUUCGGGUCGCCCUAUCCCUCGUCGUGGGCUGCCCGCGGCUCUGCUGCGGGCGCCGGUGGCGCAGCGCGCGACCAGGGCUACGUCGUCCCCGGGCCGCCCAUGGGGAGCGGCCCUGCAGCCACAGGCGGUCGCGGAGGCGGAGCGGGCUCGAAAAGGGGACGCGGGCGCAAGGGAGACGCCGCCCACAGACGAAGCGCGGAAGCGGGGCACCACACCAGCUGCAGAGGGGGCGAAGAAGGUGGAACGGCUCACAUUGUGGGAGCCACGUGUGCAGAUGGAAACGCCGUGUCUACGGGGAUUCCGCCGCCUCCAUCUGCGGCCGGCAGCGCCUCUGCGUUCCCGUCUGCGCCCUGCUCGUCUAGUUGUUUCUCGCACGCGCAUGCACAGCCUCACGCCGGGAGCCCUUUGCCGCCUUCGCCUGGCGGCUCGUCCGCGCUCCCGCAAGCCGCUGGGUCGCCUUCGCAUGCGGCCGGCUGUUUUCAGUUGUCCGGCCCCCCACCACCUCCCUCUGCGGGUUUCCACGCGUGCUGCGCGCAUGGCGGCCAAACCCACGGAGGAUGCCACGGAGGAUGCAUGGGGGUCUCUUACGCAUCCCCCGCAGGGGCGUCGCCCUUCGCUUCUCACUGUGCGCAUGCGGGCUGCGGCAGCGCCUCACACAACCCGAUGGCAGGAAGUGGCUGCGCGCAUGCGCCGCACGCCGCCGGGGCCGGUGCGCCGGUGCCUCCUCCAAGCAUCUCAGCCGUGUAUGCCUGUCAGGGGCACGCGUGUGGAGGCGCAGACGCGUCCGCCGGCGCGGGAGGGAACUAUCCCUCGUCGCCUUCUCAUCUGGCGUCCGCACUCAACUCCGCGGCGUCCUACGCGCAGCCGGUCGCCACGUGCGCGGGGCAGCCGUCGGCGAUUCCGCCCUGGACGCGGCCACGCUGCCACGGGGGUUCGGGGACGCAAGCGGGCGCGUAUCCGCGCCAAACUCCGCCCUCGGCACACCUCGCUGUGUACGCGCCUUCGUCGCCGUUUCCUUCGACCUUUGCGCCUGGGCUGCACUCCGCAGGCCAGGGCGCCAGGCCGCCGCCCCCGCCUCCUCCGCCGUCCUUCUGA